AUGGCUACUCGCCUCACAAGUAAGACCGCGGGGAACAUUCCCUCACGUGAUGAAGAGGACCAUCUUGACUAUCUCGCGCGGCAGAAGAAGGCGCGCACGGUAGCGCCCUCGCCGCUGCUCAUGUGGAGACCGUGGACUGGCAUUGUCGGCAUGAUGUGGACAAUGGCUAGAUUUUGCUCUUGGCCUUCCUAA